AUGUCGCAACCAUCUGAUCGCGACCUUGGCGACCGCAAUUCCGGCGGCUUCCACUCGGCAGAGGCCCACGAGAUGGCCGACACUGCAUACCUCGGACCGGCACCUGGUCCUUCUCCCUCUGUCUUCUCCCGGGACUCGACCUACACCUCGCUUGCCCCUUCUGAGCGCUCUCACGGCGCGAGGGACUCGUGGGGCAGCAACAAGAUGAUGGCUUCGGGAGAGGCACCCAUCGCUGGAUCAGCUCUUCCAACUGGCGCCGCCGCUGCAUACGCACCCCGCCAGCAGUCUCAGCUCCAGCACGGCUACACUUCACCGUACGAUUCGGAGACCGUCGGUUCGUACGCCCCAGCUGGCUCUGUUCCCACUGCUCCCGAUUACGAGAAGACCCCAGCAUGGGCCGCGCAGAACAACCAGCGCAAGCGCAAGUCGCGCUGGUGGCUCUGGGCACUCCUGGCGCUCAUCUGCUUGAUCUGCGCUGGUGUUGGUCUUGGCGUCGGUCUCGGCCUCGGCCUCAACAAGAAGAGCGGCGCGAGCUCAGACUCUGCCAAGGACAAGCCCAUGACCGACGUUGCGGGCCACACCACCGGUGCUGAGAAGCCCAGUGCUACGGAUGCUCCAACUGCCGCUGCCAUCCCCACCUCUGGUGGCUUUGGCUCCAUCAUUACCCUCGACGACGGCACCAACAUGACAUACGAGAACGAGUUUGGUGGCCACUGGUACUGGGACCCGGCCGACCCGUUCAACAACAACGCCCAGGCUAACUCGUGGACCAAGCCUCUCAACCAAUCCUGGGACUGGGAGAAGGACACCAUCUUUGGCGUCAACCUCGGCGGCUGGCUGAACACUGAGCCCUUUAUUGUCCCCGGCCUUUACGAGCGCUACUCCACUGGUCCCGCCGGUACCACGGUUGACGAGUACACUUUGUCGAUCAACAUGGGCACCGACCUUGAGAAGGCCAUGACUGAGCACUACGAUACUUUCAUCACCGAGCGCGACUUCAUGGAGAUUACCGCUGCCGGCCUCAACUGGAUCCGUCUUCCAAUCGCCCACUGGGCAAUCUACAAGGACCCCAGCGAGCCGUACCUUGAGCGUGUGUCCUGGACCUACGUUCUCAAGGCUCUCGGCUGGGCGCGCAAAUACGGUAUCCGCGUCAACCUCGACCUCCACACUGCCCCUGGCUCGCAGAACGGUUGGAACCACUCGGGCAAGAUCGGCGCCAUCAACUGGAUGAAGGGCGCUAUGGGCCUUGCCAACGCACAGCGCACUCUCGAGACCAUUCGUACGAUCGCCCAGUUUAUCUCGACGGACGAGUGGAAGGACGUCGUUCCCAUGUUCUGCCUCCUCAACGAGCCCAACGGAGCCAGUAUCGACCAAGCAAACGCCAAGCGCACGGUUGGAACCUUUACUUACGAGGCGUACAAGACCAUCCGUGCAGUCACCGGCUACGGUGAGGGCAAGGGGCCCAUGAUUGCCAUGCACGAUGCCUUCCUAGGUGUGACCGAGUGGUUCGACUACCUCCGCGGUGCCGACCGUCUUGCCAUGGACCAGCACCAGUACCUCGUCUUCCAGGACCAGCUCACCGGGCAGAUCUCAUCGUUCCAGAACCGCCCUUGCGACGCUUGGGCUGAUCGUACUGCCCAGACCACCAACACGUUUGGCGCCAACAACGCCGGCGAGUGGUCCGCAGCUGUUAACGACUGUGGCCAGUGGCUCAAUGGUGUCGGCCUCGGCUCGCGCUACGACGGUACCUUCCAGGGCUAUGCGGACAAGCGCAUCGGCUCGUGCGAUUUCUGGAACGACUACACGCAAUGGGACCAGGCCACCAAGGACGGUCUUCGCGAGUGGGUCGCCUCGUCGAUGGACGCCUUCCAGAACUACUUCUUCUGGACCUGGCGUAUCGGAAACGGAACCACUACGGUUCCCUCGCCCAACCCCAUGUGGCACUACCGCCUGGGUUGGAAGGAGGGCUGGAUUGCUGCCGACCCGCGCACUGCCACUGGCACUUGCGCUAAGGCGGGCGUCUCGGUUCCGCAGUUCGGGGGCACCUUCUCUGACCCCGCGAUGGUCGGCAAGGGCCAGGUCUCGCCUGAUCUCCCUGCCGCUCAGACUGCUUCGUACGCUUGGCCCCCAACCCAGUUCACCGACAUCUCUCAGGCCCAGAUGAACCAGAUUCCCCAGUACACCAAGACUGGCACGCCCAUCACCAUGCCGGGUCCUACCUACACCAACCCCGCAAAGCCCUCAGAGACGAUUAACGCUGGUACUGGCUGGGCCAACUCGAACGACGGCCUUGGCCAGGCGUAUGUCAAGGUUGCCAACUGCGAGUACCCUGCCAUCUACGACACGGUCGGCGGUAUCGGCGCUGGUCAAUGCGGUGCUGGCGGUGGUGAUGGUGGUGGCGGCGCCGCUGCUUCUCCACCUGCAACUCCUGCGGCUGCAGCUGCUACUCCUGCCGGCGCGCGUCGCGGCUACCCUCCCCGCCAGUAA